AUCACUUUGCCCGUCUGCACACAUUCCGCCAUACACUCUCACACAGCAUCCGUCCGAUGCCUCAGCUUCUUUGAGUGUGUUGGCAGCUGUAGUGUGUGUGUCUGCGCAGGCAUCCCUCGUCUGCAUCCACUUAAGUAUUAACUGUGUGACUGCUCUUGCUGCCGCUGACAGAAGUAAGGAAAGGAGGUGUGAAGAAGUAAAGGCAGACAGAGAGAGAGAGAGAGGGAGAGACAGAGAGAGAGAGAGAGAGAGAGUGGUCCAGAGAGGUUGAGAGGUGAGAGGACAGACAGAGCGGAGCUCCGGUAAAUAGAGUUGUAACUCAGUCUCUAUGAGUAAGGUGUCCCGUAUCCACAUGCUUUGCUCUAUGGCGAACUCCGGCUGUGUGCUACUGUCCGGGUCCGGGAUGUUACCCCAUUCUCUGCAAUGCCCCCCUGCUUUCCUCUAUCUGCCCCAGGGUAACCAAGAGGCCCCAGCUCCCCCUGAAGCCAUGGCCCAACCCUUCCCACCAGCCCAGUACCCCCCUCCACCACAGAAUGGGAUCCCAGCUGAGUACGCCACACCCCACACCCACCCACCUGCAGACUACACAGGGCCAAGCACAGUGGCCGAGCACGCCCUGACACUGUACACUCCGACACACACACAGAGCGAACAGCCCGGAAACGACAGCAACACCUCCGCCCUCACAGCAAACACAGUAACGCAGUCAGAGGAGGUUGCACAGACAGAGGGCCCCCAGCAGCUCCACCUGCCAUCCAGUGAUUCAUCAGAGAAGCAGCAGCCUAAGAGGUUACACGUUUCUAACAUCCCUUUCCGUUUCCGAGACCCUGACCUCCGGCAAAUGUUUGGGCAAUUUGGCAAGAUUUUAGACGUGGAGAUUAUUUUUAACGAGCGAGGCUCCAAGGGCUUUGGGUUUGUAACAUUUGAAACGAGUGCAGAUGCUGACCGUGCACGAGAGAAACUAAAUGGUACAAUCGUAGAGGGACGCAAAAUAGAGGUAAACAAUGCCACAGCCAGAGUAAUGACCAACAAAAAGUUGGCAAACCCUUAUACAAACGGCUGGAAGCUGAAUCCAGUGGUUGGAGCAGUAUAUGGCCCUGAAUUUUAUGCAGUGACAGGGUUUCCAUACCCCAGCACAGGAGCAGCCGUGGCCUACAGAGGGGCCCAUUUGAGGGGGAGGGGUCGCGCCGUCUACAACACAUUCCGUGCUGCACCUCCCCCUCCACCCAUUCCUGCCUAUGGAGCUGUGGUCUACCAGGAUGGCUUUUAUGGAGCAGAAAUAUAUGGAGGGUAUGCUGCGUACAGAUAUGCCCAGCCAGCUGGGACUGCUGCAGCUGCAUACAGUGACAGUUAUGGCAGAGUCUAUGCAACAGCAGACCCAUAUCACCAUACGAUUGGUCCUGCAGCCACAUACAGUGUGGGCACUAUGGCUAGCCUUUACAGAGGAGGGUGCAGUCGCUUCACUCCCUACUAGAAAAGAGAGACACGCCCCCUUUCCUUCCUGCAAAACACAUACACACACACACACAAAAACAGCAACACAUGAAAUGACUUAAUAACCAUCUUCACCCUCUUCAUGGAACACAUGGCAAAUGUGACCAUGAAAUGCAAGAAUCACUCUCAAGUUGCUUCCUCAUAUACAGAAAGUGUACAUACUGUCAUUUAUCAGUGUAAUGUACUUAUUUUUAAAAAGAACAUUUUGUUACUCUGUGUUGACUUGAAUGUAUUUGCAUUGAUAUGUCUGUGGUAAAAAAACACAACUGCUAGAUAGUGUACAAAGAGUUGAAAUAGGAAACUUUCCCUCCUUCUCACUGAGUUAUUGGUCCACAGCCCAGCUCCUCAGGGGUGGCCUUUUGCACUGGCUUUAAUUUCAUCUAAUUUUUACACCUUUAAUGUUUCUAUUAGUCAUUUCGUCUAUAUACAUUGAAAGCACUAAUGUUCCGUAAUUUCAGUUUGAGCAACACAUUUCAGAUUGGAUUUAUUAAGUAAAUGAUUGGGCUAUUCUGCCCCCUUAGAGAACUGGCUCUAUUCUAAGUGAGCCAAUAACUGGAGCUGAGUUCCAGACUGUCUUAAACUCAGAGCUGUUCAACCCAAAGGACGUAAAACUGCAACAGAAUUGCUAGCAGGAUGUGAUGCAUUAUAAAACCCAGAAGGUGAGAGGAGGAGCGUGAUGUAUUACUGAAUCUGACUAGAGGAGGAAGUGAUGUAUAGCAGUGUGUGAAGCAAGAGCUAUGACAGCCAUUGCAAAAUAGGCAGCAGUUUGUUAGAGCCUAUUGAUCGCUGGCAUAGUGCCAGAGGCAGGAGGUAUCCCAUUACUACUGAAUGGCUUUAAAAGAGAAAACUACAUUAUUAAAACGUUUCUCACUGUUUCAUGUCUCGUCAUGCCUACUAAGCAAUAAUCCCACAUUUGCUCUAUAUGCAUAUGGACAAAUACUGACAAGCAUUUUUGACUACUAGUGAACAGAUGGGAGAGUAUGCUUUUUUUCUAAUAUUUAAAAACACAUCUAAAUACCAUGUUCAUGUUACAGCUGCAUUCAUCGCAUAUUGGUCAUUAGGGGGCAAAAAAAAUUCUACACAGCAACCA